UUGACGGGCUUCGAUGAGACGAGUGGAAUUUUAUUUUUGCUCACGAAAGUGAUUCAUAAUUUUUUAUCGCAUCGCAAAAGACAACCCAGAGGCGAGAUUUUGGGUGGUAAAGAGUUGCUUUCUUCAAUAAACUACAAAUCAGGCGUUGUCAGAAGUUAGGGACAAACACAGAGAGAGAGAGAGCAAUGGACUUGGAACCUGUGCUUGGGGAGGAGAAUGGCAAUGAUAAUUUCAGGCCACUCAAGACAAUCCCGGUUUUUAGCUUCCACCUUUUGGUCUCUACGUUGAUCUCCUUCAUUGGCGUGGGCAUGGCUGUUGUCUUCCCGGAAAGUCAGCGAUGCGAAGCCUAUUUCUUGAUGCUGUACUUAAGAGCAAUAUUCUGGGUUGUGACUUUGCUCUUCGACCACAUGAUAAAGUAUCAUCACGAUAAAUUGCGAAUGAAUGGCUUCCACGACUUUCACAGAGCCACUGCGGUACACAAAUCCGUGCCCUUCUACUUGGUAUCCUUGUGGAACACGGCAAUCAUGGCGAUUCAGACGCUCAUCCAGCAAUAUUACGGCGAUGAUUUCGGCGAGCACUGCAUCCAGAGCCUCUUCUCGCCCAUUGUCUACGUGAGCAUCUUCUCGGCGGUGGAGACUGGCGUCCUGGCGGUCAUCCAUGGCACCUACAUCUCCCGGGUGAUGCGCUUCAACCGCGCCAGGCCGCUGCCGGACGCCAUGCGAGGCUCCUUCGACAGUGGCAGUUCGGUGGGAUUGACACAACGAAACGCUGAUGUGGCAGAGCUGCUGGAGAAGCAGGCAGAUCUCAUAAGUUUCCUCCAAGAUCACAAUCUGCGCCUCAACCAGCGACUCAUGCAGAUGAACUCCGAAGUGAGAACCAUCACUCUUCCGCCUUCAUAAGGUAUCUAACACACAUUUCAACUCCUCGAAAGCGCACUUCGUAUCUUUUGUAAUAAUCACACAUACACACAACCAUUUGAUUCCUAAAUGACCAA